CCACUGAGCCAGCAGCAUGCUCCCCGCGCUGCUUCUGCUGCCCAGCCUCCUGGGGGCCGCGCUGGCCAGCCCCGUGCAGGGCGCCCGGGAGUGCGCGCGGGGCGCUGCCGUGUGGUGUCAGGACCUGCAGGCGGCGACGGAGUGCGGGGCCGUGGGGCACUGCCGGAGCGCCGUCUGGGGCAAGCCCCCGGCCAGGUCCCUGUCCUGUGACCUGUGCCUGGAUGUGGUGGCCGCCGGCAGCAACGGGCUGAACCCCAAUGCCACAGAGACGGACGUCCUGGCUCUGGUGACGAAGACCUGUGAGUGGCUUCCCAGCCAGGACUCCUCGGCCAAAUGCAAGGAGAUGACGGACGUCCACAGCCCGGCCAUCCUGGACAUGCUGCGGGGGGACCCGGGCCGCGCCCCGGCCCAGGUGUGCACCGCGCUCACCCUCUGCCAGCCGCUGCAGAGGGUCCCGGCCACCCCGGGGUCACCCUCCGAGGAGGACACAUCCGAGGUGGUGGCCCCGUUCACGGCCGGCGGGCCCGUCGGCCCCCACCCCCUGCAGACUCCUGAGGACACCGUGUGCCGGGACUGCGUCCAGAUGGUCGCCCGGCUCCAAGACGCCGUUGGGUCCAACAUGUCCAGCCUGGCAGAAGUGACCACCCAGGAGCAGUGCAAGCCCCUGGGGCCGGGCCUGGAUCUCAUGUGCAAGAACUACAUCCUUCACUUCCUCGCCCCUGCUGAGCACAUGCUGAGGCUCGUCCUGCCCGAGGAGACCUGCGAGAGGGGGGGCUUCUGCGAGGAGGUGCGGGGGCCCGCUGCGGACUCGGUCCCUUCCCUGGAGCCGCUGUCCGCCAGGGAGAGGGACCAGCUGCUGAUGAAGGCCGGCCUGACCUGCGAGGUGUGCCUGCAGGUGGUCCAGGAGCUGGACCAGUGGCUGGACUCCGACAGCACGGAGGCCCUGAUCCGCCGAGGCCUGGAGCGCGUGUGCUCGGUGAUGCCCACGUCCAUCGUGAAGCAGUGCGUCACCAUGGUGGACACCUACAGCCCCGCCCUGGUGCAGUUCGUGACCAAGGUGCCCCCGGAGGAGGUGUGCAGGACCAUCCGGCUCUGCAGCCCCCAGCGGCGGCGGGCGCGGGCCAUCCACGAGGCCUCCAAACCCACCCUGCCCCUGCUGCUGGACACGGAGAACCAGGGCCACUUCUGCAACGGGUGCCAGAGGCUGCUGGGCGUGUCCACCCGGAACCUGGAGCGCAAGACCACCCAGCGCAACAUCCUGAAGGCCUUCAAGGGCGGCUGCACCAUCCUGCCGCUGCCCUACAUGAUCCAGUGCCGCCGCUUCGUGGACGAGUACGAGCCCGUGCUCCUCUCGACCCUCAGGGAGGUGAUGGACCCCCUCAGCCUGUGCACGAAGGUGGGCGCCUGCCACGCCUCCAGGACCCCGCUGCUGGGCACCGACCAGUGCGUCAUGGGUCCCAGCUUCUGGUGCUCGAACCAGGACGCGGCCGAGAUGUGCAACGCCGUGGAGCACUGCCAGCGCCACACGUGGAAGGUGGCGCCCUUCCACACCGGGGAGCACGAGUGACCGUGGCCGCCAGCGACCCCCGGGGGGCCCUCCUCUCCUCGGCUCCCGCAGGGACCCUCCGAGGUGGGCGCUGUUCCCACUCCCACGUCACAGACGAGAACUGAGGUUCUGGGUGUGGCACCUGCCAGCGCCGAAGUCCCCGAUCUCCAUCUGGGCAGCGGCGCCGUGCGGCUCUGCCCGUGUGAGUGUCCCCCCCCCCCGCCCCCCCGGACUGGAACCGAC